UGGGAAGUGACCGAAGGAGGAAGUGCAACAGCAAGAGUGAACGAAAGUAAAGGUUGGAAGAUGAAGGAGUGGUCUCCGUAGUUGGCUCUCGCUGACGGGCUCCAGCCAAGGGGACCCGUGCAUCUAGAAAGAUGAGCCUGUUGCUGCUCUUCACCCUUCUCUUCCAGCUUUCAGGCUCGGAUGAUAUUUGGGGUCCCAAAACAGUGAGAGGCCCAGAGCAGGGCUCACUGACUGUGCGGUGCCAUUAUGACUCGGGGUGGGAGGCCUAUGUGAAGUGGUGGUGCAAAGGAGCUGUUUGGAGAAGCUGCAAGAUCCUAGUUCUGACCGCUGGAUCAAAGUGGAAGAAGGGCCGCGUGUCCAUCAGGGACCAUCAGAGGAGCCGCAUGUUCACCGUGACCAUGGAGGAGCUCCGGCGAGAUGAUGCAGACGUUUACUGGUGUGGGAUUCAGAGAACUGGAACUGACCUUGGGGUCCCAGUUACAGUGACCAUUGGUCCAGCAACAACUACAGUGUCGACCACCCCUACCACCUCUACUGCCACCUCCACCAACAUCAUGUCCACAGUUGAAGUCACCCCAGAAAACAUUACAUGCAUCCCGAAUGUGACCAGCCACCAGCCACCUGAUGCCAGCGGUGACUUCUUGAAGCUCAACAUACUCCUGCCCAUCUUCUGCGCCGUGUUGCUGCUUCUCUUGGCGGCGGCCUCCAUGUUGGCUUGGAGAAUGGUGAAGCGACGGAAGGACGCUGCUGGGACAUCCCCAGAGCAGACAUCCCAGCCCCUGGAGAAUAACAUCUGCUAUGCCAACCUGACCUUGACUCAGAAUGGAACCUUCCCCAGCUCCUCCCAGAAGAAGGCCUCCACAAAGUCCUGCCCUUCUGCCCAAGACAACGAGGUGGACGUGGACUACGUCACCAUGGCUUCCAUUUCGAAGGAGGACAUUUCCUAUGCAGCUCUGUCUUUGGACACCUCGGAUCAGGAGCCAACCUACAGCAACAUGAAUGUCUUUAUCACCCACCAACCCAAUGGGAUCCAUGAGGAGCUCACGGAAUACAGCUCCGUCAGGAAGCCUUAGCCGGUGCCCUCCCCCACCCCACACAAGGCCUGUCAGCAUGUUCCUCCUCGUCGGCUUUCUGUUCCCAGUCCCCUCACAUGGACCAGCUGGGGACUGAGGCCUUUGCCUGAUGCAGCCCGCAUCACCCUCAGCUCUGACCUGGCUCCGGGCCUGGUUUCAGGGGGCUUCUGGGAGAUACACAGAGGUCUCCCCACAUCCCUUUCUCUCCCACAGAGCUUGGGAGGGGGCCAGGGCUAUGCUCUGGAGCUGCCGAGGGAGGAAUAACGAUGAUAAUAAUAGUAAUGAACCUUUAUUUAUUGCUUGCCACGUGUGUGGGCUGAGGAAUAGCCCCCGAGUGAUACCUGUGUGCUAAUCCCCAGAACCUGUGCGCGUUAGUUACCUUCUACGGCAAAAGGGGCUGUGCAGGUGUAAUGAAGUUGAGGUUUUUGAGAUGAGGAGAUUAUUCUAGGUUAUCCAGGUAGGCCCCAAAUAGAACCACAAGGGUCCUUAUGAAAGGGGGGCAAGAAGGUCACAAGAGGUGAAGGCAAUGUGACAAUGGAAGCUGAGUUUGCAGUGAUGCGGCCGGGAUCCCAGGAAUGCCGCAGCCCUUAGAAGCUGGAAAAGGCACGGACAAGAUCUUUUCCUGGAAUUUCCAGAAGGAACCAGCCCUGAGGACAUCUUGCCUUUAGCCGCUUGAAACUGAUUUCUUACUUCUGGCCUCCAGUAUUGUAAGAGAAUAAAUUUGCAUUGUUUUCAUUAAGCCA